AUGGAAAAGAUUAGUAGCCUGAUGGUCCUGGAUGAUGAUCAAGAAAAUCACAAGUUGGCAUCUAAGUUACCAAGAUGGACAUUGGUCAGAUGGGAAAGACGAGUCUACGAUUGGAAAGAAAAGAACCACAAUUUCCCCCCGUUCUCCGAGUUUGUGAAAUAUCUCGUGACCGAGUCCAAUAUAGCUUGCGAUCCAGUUAUCAGCCGUUUUAAGGAAGACGACUCUAAGAAAGCGAAGGGUCGACCGUAAGAAAUACCGAAUCGCAGGAAUCGUCCGAAUCGAGAUGAAUUUCGCAGUCGAAACAUACUCGCAACACGAUCAGAAGAAGGAGAUCAGAGCAAAGAAAGACCUAACGGCGAAGCAAAGCAGACCACCUGCAUACUGUGUAAUAGACCUCAUGAACUGAACUCGUGUCAGUCGUUUUGCGCAAAGGAUAUAAUAGAUAGAAAGGAAUUUCUGUAUUCACUACAACAGAGGCAGAAGUGGGUACGCCUUCGGCGAAAUAUGCAACCAGGAGAUAUUGUGUUAAUGUCCGAAGGUAACGUGCCAAGAAAUUGUUGGCGUAUGGCCCGCAUAGAAGAAGCUUAUACUGAUGAGGACGGAUUUGUGCGAAAGGUGAAGCUGGUUAUGAGUGAUCCUUCACUGAAUCGAAAGGGAGAGCGCAUUCGUGCCAAAAGCGUGUUGGAACGACCAAUCCAGAAGUUGGUACUACUAUUAAAAUGCAAUGGUGAUCAAAGUGAAAAUGAAGAUAAACGAUUCCCCGACGGAGAGCCUAACUGA